GGGCUGGCCCAGAGGCAUCGGGUGGACAUAGCCUCUCCAUCACCAAUGAGCUCCCCCUCCCACACCCCUAUUCCGUCCCCCACCCAGUCCCCCUCCCAGUCCCGCUCCAACCACAUCGUCAACUCGAACAGCCAGCAGCCCUUCCCCAGCUCCGGAGGCUCAGCCCCGUCCCCCUCCCCCACUCGGGGGUCUUCCUCCCGCCCCCCCUCUCACCCGCCCACCCCAACCACCUCACAGCCCUCUUCCCGGGCCUCCUCGCUGACCCCCAGCCCGCACAUCCAACAUGUGCCUCGAGGGUCCAGCCAAACCCCCACACCCCCGGCUUCCAAGUCCCCCUCGCAGUCUGGUUUGAAGGCUCCUUCUAGAAACCCCUCCCUCACGCCCCCUGUGCCCAUCGCCAAGUCCCCUGUCACCUCGUCUUCCUACAUCGGACCCAUUCGGAGCAUCCCGUCCUACAUCACCCCCUACGUGCCCCGCUUCCUGAAGGAGCCUCCCUUUUUCCAGCCCCCCACCUCAACGCUUCCGAUUCCCCAAAGCCAGUGCUCCCUCUGCUGCAGGUCCCGUCCGUGCUCCCCUCCCCCGCCCCCCGACUCUCUGUACCUCCCUCUUCUGCCCCCCCCACCCCUGCAGCCCCGGGACCACUGUAACUACCCCACCCCCCCUGCUCUCUUCACACCCCCUUCCUCUCUGACCUACACCUUGCCCCCCGAAGUCCUUCUGGGUAGCAAGCCACACGUGGUGCCCACGGUGCUGCCCGCCACCUUCUACACCCCCUUCUCCCGCUUCUACUCCCAACCCCGCCCCCGCCGCUCGCUGCCCCGCCGGCGCCCCAGCGUGGUGCCCCUCUCCUUGCAAUACGACGCGGGGGCCAGUCGCUCUGUCCACUUCUACCGUGGGUGCUAGGCCGGAGACCUACUUCGGAUCAGAAGCCUCUGCCAGCAAAUU